CAAGCGCAUUUGAGUUUCGAAUCUGACGCGAGCGGAGCGCUACGCGGUCGAGUCACUGAAUGAGCGUCAAGUAAAAGCGUGAAACCGCGCCCUAUAACAGAUAAGAGGUGAAACUACUACCUAUGUUUGUAAAAGCAUUUCGCCUAUGGCAAAUCGGGAAAAGAACAAAAAGACACUUCUAGAGUUGGCGAAGCUGUCACAGAAUUGCUGCUGUGCUGACUGUGGAGCUGCAGAUCCAGAUUGGGCUUCAUGCACACUGGGAAUUUUUGUGUGUCUAAACUGUUCUGGAACUCAUCGCAAUCUUCCUUCUGUAAGUCGUAUCAAGUCUAUACGCUUAGACUUCUGGGAUGAUGAGCUUGUGCAGUUCAUGAAGGCCAAUGGAAACCGUGCUGCCAAAAACUUCUAUGAGAAAUUUGUCCCAGUCUUUUAUUAUCAGCCCCAACCAGACGAUUGCGAGGUCCUCAGAGAACAAUGGAUUCGAGCCAAAUACGAACGAAUGGAGUUUACAGAGAAAAAUAGAGAAAGACCUUACACAGCAGGUGUCUUUGAGGGCAUGCUGUGGAAGAAAGGAAAGGAUAACGGACAGUUUCUCGAGAGGAAGUUUGUUCUUUCAGUGCACGAUUUUACCCUCAAAUACUACAAGGAGGAUGAAUCUAAGGGACCAAAGGCUACUAUUUCUGUGAAGGACCUGAAUGCAACCUUCCAGCCGGAGAAGAUAGGACAUGCUUAUGGCCUUCAGAUCACCUACUGUGUGGAUCAUCACACCAGAAACCUUUUUGUUUACCACAAAAAUGGACAGGAGAUUGUCAAUUGGUUUAAUGCCAUUAGAGCUAUUCGCCAUGUCUACCUGAAAACAGCCUUUCCUACAGCUAGCGAUGGAGAUCUAAUACCAUGGAUAACCAGAAACUAUUUAAAAGAGGGUUACAUGGAGAAGACUGGCCCACUGCAGCGAGAGCCAUUCAAGAAAAGAUGGUUUAUUUUGGAUUCCCUGAACAGGAAACUACUCUAUUUUAAAACACAGCUGGAUGCCAUUGAGCUUGGGGUAGUUUUCAUUGGCUCAGAGAAUCAUGGAUAUUCAGUGAGAGAGUGUGUCCCUAAAGGGACGAGAGGCAACAAAUGGAAGUGUGGGGUAAUUGUGGAGACGCCAGAUCGGCAGUUCGUCUUCAUGUGCGAGCAGGAGCGCGAUCAGAGAGAGUGGGUGGAGGCCCUGAAAACCGUCAUCUCCAAACCCAUGAUGCCGCAAGAUUACACCACCGAAGCCAACAUUCGUAGACGGAGGUGAAGACAAUGACUGGAUGGGACAAUAAGCUCAGACUCUGUCACUAAAUCUAUUUAAAAUGAACCCUGACAUUCUAGGUAAAUCUAGGGUUAAAACAUUUGAGUCCCAGACCUGAUUUACUCAAAGGGAACUGUGGAAGAAUGUGACUUUUUUGGGGCAUUGUUUCUAACAAGCAGUUUAAAAAAAAAAAUUCUCACUUGGUGCAUUUUGGGAUGUGAAACCAAUCUGAGAAGACUGCAGUAGGUCAGAUGAGGAUAGACUGACUGGUUGAGCUCUCUAAAAGGAGCACAAAGAAUAUGACUACGUCUGAAAAUGGAUAAGAUCUGGGCUCUCAAUACAAGUAGAGAUCCUGAAACAAGCCUUGGCCAAGACGAGAAUCUCAUUUUAGUGAGAACCGAAUUAGACUCACGUGUAACUGUGAAUCCACAUGCAGGAGCUCAAACACCAAAUAGAAACUAAAAAUAAGGAAUUAUGGUUGUACAGAAAUGGAGACAUGCAAGUGACAUGAAGUGUGUGAUGAAAAUGCUAAUCAUAGAACACCUGGGUUUCAUAAACUGACAUUUGGCCGGUUUUUAUUUACCCAUAUCUUCUGUUGUUCUUUUUGUUGCUAGCGUGGUGCAUGUCAUUUUCUUCACUGACUGAUAACUUUAGCAUUAUGUUCAUAUAGCUAGAUUACUAUUAUAUUAUAUUAUAUUUAUUAUAUUAUUGGACAAUUUGAAGCUUAAAGGCUGGGAAACCAUCUUAAAUCAGCUAAGACCAGCAAAACAGUUUGGUGCUUAUUUGUUAAUGUUGUUCAGCAGAGACAAACUUUUACAAAUGGAGCAAAAAAGUGGAUGGAGUCACACCGCAAAUAUAUGGUUGGAAAUCGUAUCACACCAAACUAUUUUGGGUUCAAUGCGCAGUUUGUCCUGUGGGUGACAGUAAUGGAAAAAAGUAAAACCUCAUCAGCUGCUGCGUACGCAGAGACAGACGAGACAGAUGCGUUUUUACAGCGCUGCGCAUUAAAACCAAUCAUACUCGAUUCUGUUGAGCUUAUGAAUGCAA